AUGUUUUGCCCUGAUGAGCGGCUUAUCGUCACUCAACUCAACAAUACCCACGAUCUGGCACUAAACCUCUUUUGUGUUGACCGACCACAACUAUUGAUGCUGACUCUUGACUCGUACAAGCGCCAGCACGAAGCUCUUGAUGUGGAUGAUCUGGAGGUCAUGCUUCAAGUCCUACGCAAAUUCCCGGGAAUGUAUGCCAUCUUCAACUGUGGGGAGAGAGGCGGUUGUAGCAGGGUGCACAAGCAUCUUCAAGGCUUGAAGGGACCACCGUAUGCGUUCGAUUAUCUCAUAUCCGCCCUGAAUGAUCCCGAGAAGAAAGUGCCGUUCCAGUAUUUCCUUCACCACUUCAGCGAGGGUUUCGAGACAACCACAGCAAAGGACGUCUUGUCUAUAUACACGACCUUGUUGACGCAGUGUCGGUCUCUUAUGAAUUUUGAAGAGAAGGAUGCCCCUCCGCACAACGUCAUUAUGUGGGCAGAUCAUCUCAUCAUUGUUCCACGGCGGGCAGGCUGUACAGAGGGAGCGAGCGCGAACGCUGGCGGCAUGCUAGGGAGUGUCUGGGUUACUGGCCAGGCCCAUAUAGACGAGUGGCUGAGGAUUGGUUGCGCAAAUGUGCUCAGGGAGUUGGGCGUACCUUCCCAGUAAGGGAACUUGCAAAGAUACCAUCAUGCAUCUCAUGCUUCGAGAAGGGGGUUAUGACGGGAUACACUUGCGCCUUCCGUAGCUUUUAUGUUUGUCUCCUUCCCAGUCAAGACGCUGGCUUUACCAAGGAUUCGCUAUAAUACAGCAAAUCAGCUCACUACUAGUAUCCCGCGUUCAUAUAGUUACCCCAGGCUACCAAGUCUCGAAUUUGCCCUAUCUUGUUGCCAAGACCAGCCAGAGUAGUCUCCGAGACCUCCACCUGCCUAAUGCGACAAGCGAAACGGUCCCGCGCCAAUCGUCUUGUUCACCCUCA